AUGAAGCUCCCGAUUUUCAUAGCGGAUGCAUUCACGGCAACAGCUUUCCAGGGCAAUCCUGCUGCCGUCUGCCUCGUGGAAAAUACAUUGGAUGAAGACUCUCAUCAGCACAUUGCAAGAGAAAUGAACCUUUCUGAAACGGCUUUUAUCCGAAAACUGCAACCAACUGACAACUUCACACAAAGUUCUCGUUUUGGACUAAGGUGGUUUACCCCGGAGAGUGUUCCCCUAUGUGGCCACGCCACCCUGGCUUCUGCGGCUGUGCUGUUUCACAAAAUGAAGAACACAAACAACAUCCUAACCUUUGUCACUAUGAGUGGGGAACUAAAGGCCAGAAGAGCAGAGGACGGGAUUGUCCUGGACUUUCCUCUCUACCCAACCUUCCCCCAGGACUUCCAUGAAGUAGAAGACUUGAUAAAGGCAGCCAUAGGUGACACCCUGGUCCAGGAUAUCCGGUACUCUCCCGAUACCAAAAACCUCAUGGUCCGGCUCAGCAAUUCUUACAACAGGUCCUUUCUAGAGACCCUGAAGGUGAACACAGAGCCUCUGCCUCGAAUUGAAGAGACAGGGAAGGUGAAGGGACUCAUUCUCACUCUCAAAGGAGAGCCUGGGGGGCGGACACCCCAAUAUGACUUCUACUCCCGAUACUUUGCGCCAUGGGUUGGUGUGGCCGAAGACCCGGUAACAGGGUCCACCCACACUAUACUUGGCCCCUACUGGUCUGAGGAGCUGGGCAAGAAAGAAAUGCGAGCCUUCCAGUGUUCCCGCCGAGGAGGGGAACUGGACAUUGCCCUGCGACCUGAUGGCCGAGUUGACAUGAAGGGUGGCGCUGCUAUUGUCUUAGAGGGCACGCUCACAGUCUAGAGACACCUGUGCUGGGCUGUGGCCACGGCUGAACACGGUGUUUUCUCUACACCAAAAAAGCAAGCAAGCAAACAAGAAACGCCCAGAGCUUGCUUCAGCGAGCUCACCGACCAGCGCCCUCAACCCUCUUGUGAAGAACAGAAAGGAAGCCAGCUGAUGGAGACGAGAUAACAUCUCCAGACUCCUUAGCCGAUGAUGGGCUCAGGCCUCUGCCUGUGUGUGUCUUCAGUGGCCCACAGCAGAGAGUGAUGCUGUCACUUCUUUUGAUUAUGACUGCCAAUCAAAGUGAGAGAUCCAUUGAUAAGGAUCCACUGAUAAGGAUCCAGAUAAAAUUUAGAUUUAGGUGUGUGUAUACCCUAUAGAUUUUGCAACUAUAUAUAUAAUUUAAACUUAAAGACAGAGAAAUACUGUAUAACCCUGGCUUGGAAGAACUCUCUAUGUAGACCAGGCUACCCUCCGACUCACAGACAUUUAGACAUUUGCCUACCUCUGACUCUUGAGUGGAUUAAUGGUGUGCUCUAUCAUGCCCAGACUCAUAACCUUUUUAAUAGACCCAAUUGCUCUGUAGAAAUGUAGCCCAAACACUAAAGAGAAUAGACUGUAAACUGUUAGGGAGGCCAGGCUAUGGCUGUGGGGAAUACGGAGUCACAUGACUGUGAAAACAGCAAAGAGAAACAGUUCGCGUGGGAAGAUUCAGAGGAAUCUUAGUGUCUGUAAGUAACACUCAGGACAAAACCCAGGAAAUUA